ACCUUUAGGAUAUAAAAUAAGACACCUGAAACUGUAAGUUCAAAAUCAAAAAGUAAUGGCUGCCCCAAUAGAGGAUGUCCUCAUUGAGGUCCAUCCAUCUGAUGGUAAGUUGGGAAUGUGUAACCCUAUAGUGAUAACUAUAAUGCCUUUUUUUGGUAGAUGAACUUGGUAAGUUGUUUAUAUGUUUGUGUUGUACAUUAAAAAGCAAAAAAUAACUUCAUUUAUAGCAGAAAAAGAAGUCAGGGAGAAAGAGAAGAAAGGAGACAGAGGAGAAAGGACAGAGGAGAAAGGGGAAAGAGACAUAAAGGACAGAGGAGACAGUACAAAAGAGAAUGAAUCAAAUGGCCUAAAUGUAAGAAGGACCAUUGUAUUGAAAAGCAAGAAGAAAGAAGGAAGGCCCUUAGACUUGGAACAGUUUCGGCCAGCUCUUAAAAGACAGCUGGAACUAAUAGAGGAAGGAAGGAGGGAGAGAGGAGAAAUAAAGGAAAGUGAUGAUGGGGAAGAAACAGGGGCAGGAAACGAAACAGAGGGGACAGAAGAGACGGAGACGGGAGAAGACACAGGCACGGGAGGGGAGACAGAGAGAGAGAAGGGAAAGAAAUUCAAAGUAACAAUGGAGCAUUAAUGUAAACAAUAA